AUGUACGAAGGGAUUGACAACCUGAAAUCCAUUUACGACCGUGCCGGGAAGACUUUCUCCGGCGGUCCUACUGCGGCACAGGAUGUGCCGCGUCGUACUGCUCAACCAGACCCAGUACGUCGAUCAUCAGUUGGGAGCGGGGCUCCCAAGUAUCCCAGGACGCGGGAUAGCCGCGCCACCGGACGAGAUAACUCGUCCGACGUCCGUUCACGUCGCGGUGGUUUAACAGCUGCUCAACUAGAUAGUGCUGGCCACCGCGAGAGUCCUCUAAUGGAGGUGGAGGAGGAGGAAAGACGCUCUCCACACGAUCAUGGGGAUCGGUGUGUUCCCGAGAGCUUCUUUGAUCGCGUAACGCAAGGGUUACGCGACGAUCUCGAACAUGAGCGGAAUAGGCGUCUCCAAAUGGCGGACACUGCCUCGAAGCAUCGAGCUGAGUUUGCCUUUGCUCAGCUUGAGAACGAGAGAUCUCUGACAUCUCUUCGUGAAGAGCUAAGGGUAGCUCGUGGGAUUGCUGAUCGGUCUCGGGAUGAGAUAGCUGCUCUUCAGACCCUUGUUGAUGCCCACCAUCGGGAGCACAAGGCUCUCUGCGAGAUGCUUGAGCGCAAGGGCGUUCUUCAUCGGAAGAAGCAGCGUACUGAUGGUGCGGCUUAA